AUGGCCCAGCAUGGCUCCGCCGAAGGAGCCGGAAACCUCAGUACGCUUAUAUUGGACGAUGAUCCAUUCGAUGCUAAGCACUAUGUGCAUAAUAUAAUGGGUAUUUUCGCCGAUAGGCUGUACAUUCUAAACAGCGAGCCUAUAGACAUCAGGUGUGAAUUUUGCUGUAGCUUCAGCACAAAUAUGUGUGCGGCAGCAUGUGGGCAUAAUUACUGCAUGUCAUGCAUCUACGAAGACUUAGCUAGCCUAGGUAUUGCAAAGUGCCCUGUCUGUUUUGUAGAUAAUUUAAUUAACCGGGAAAGAAAUAAAUCUGCAGCCAUUAGGUCCAACUCUACUGGCAAACCAUCUCUCAAGCAAGAACUGGAGUCAUCCAAGCAGAUUCUCCAGCACUACACCACAUACUUUUCUCAAGAGUUCGAUCCAUCGAUGCAGAGUAUCUACAUGGAAGGUAUGGGAAAUGUUUCUCUUAAGGGCUAUAGUAUGCGGUGCACGGCCGAGAUUUUUCCAAUCCACGGCUAUACUGUCUCCGUGUCUCAAUCAAAAGACAUUCAGAACUCUCUGUACGAGCCAGUAGAGAUACUGUGCCGCUUCCAUAAGGAUAUAAGCCCUUUACUGAGUGAGUGCCGAAGCAAGUUUCACUUUACCGAGGACGGGCUCCAGCGCUACCACGAUCAUAUGUUGCAUUGCUAUAAGACCAACAUUCUAUACAAGCAGCAUCAACAGUUAGAAGCAAACCAUUUGAAGCACAUUAAGCAGCGAUUGACCCAGAGAUUUAAUGAAAAGAUAACUGAAUACACCCCUGCAAAGCCUGCUGAGCUUGAUUCUCCAGAGCCGGUACCAGAUCCACAUCCACAUCCAGAACCAGAGCCAGAUUUAGAUCCAGAUGGUGACACUCCAAACAAGAAUACUAACAAUUUAGGACAUAUAAUUAGCAACAACACUAUGCUGAUGGGGAACGCUAUUCCAGCAAGUCCGAUUAGUUCGGAAUUUCUCCCCUACUCUAUGUCGUUUUACAGUGCCGAAUGUAAGAGACUUUUCAAGGCUGAUACCGAUAGUGCAUAUAGCGAAAAGUAUUCCUUCCAAAAGGAGAUAUUCCGUGUUCCACCAAACAGAAAUCCGGUUGUGGGCCAUAUUAUUCUUAAGCGAUUGGUUUAUGACGUUCUUGAGCACGAGCAGUUUCUACUUCAACGAGAUUUUUGGAACUGUCAAGUGAUAUUUUUUAUUAAUCCGUACGAGACUAUUAAUUAUUUUCUUUUUUCAAAUAUUACAUUGGGAUUGCAGGUUGAAGCGCCCGAUGGGAGGUCUUCCACAUACGAGUUUGUUGUCGACAGAGAAAACUUUCAAGAACAUCCCAUUCUACGGUUUUAUUUGCGGGUUCUCACGUUCUACGAGGGAAGAUACUCCUUUACCCUCAAGUGGAGCUGUUCACUGCCGAAUGCCCAGACGGGAGGAUAUACCAUCUUCCAGAGCGGUGAGCAAAUCUCCACAUUUGUAGCUAAGCCCAUUCUUGGGCCCAACCUUUCACCCAUCUGUCUCAAAUCCUAUAUAGAUUCUGCACCGCCAAUCCAUCCAAAACUACUUGGUCUUCUAACCUUAGGCCAUGAAGUCCUUACAAGGGGACAUGAAUGCAUCAGCCAGAUCGCCCCAGAUGACACAUCGUCUCCAGUUGUGCCCUCAGACUUGUCUAAGAGUUUACCGACUCUCGGGCUAAAGGAGAUUGAAGCCCUUUACCUGUAUGCGGCGUAUUCUCACACGGUCAAGGAUGGGUGCUUCUUCUGUGUUGGUUGCAAGGCCUACGCAUAUGUCAAAGAGUCCGCAACUCUGAUGAACACUGCACCCUUUCUGCAUGCUCUUAUACUUAUAUUGGAUCGUUAUCCAGAGGUUGAGAUUAUACAGACACCAGCCAUAGACCUUAUCUUAGCGUUGGGCACGACGCUUCCCAACUUUUUUAGCUCUACAUCUAUCGUUGGCAACAGUCUGCUUGGAAGGCUGCGUAGGAUCAAGCACAUUUUCAAGAACUUAACUAAGCCAUUAAAGGACACGAUAUAUAUGAUUUCUCAGAGAGCAUAUCACGUUCUUCCAACGCAGCUAAGUACUGUAUUUGAGGACUUCAGCAAAGCAAACGAGUUGACCCGUCUCUACAUCAAUAGGGAAAUUCUAAAUAAGAUCCCAUGUUGUAGCUCCUUCUCUAUGCUGGACAUGGUGAGAUUUUAUCUAGCGGCGCUUCGAUUAUUGAGAGACAGUGAUCCAGGCAAAAUUGCCUUUGAGAUCUCGGGGAUUUCUCGGCUUGUUAUUCAUCUCAGCAGGGACUCCCCGUUGUUUAAGAUCGAUCCAAAGAGUGCUAUAACAGAGAAGGACAUGUAUUCGUUUUAUUUGAAUGAGCGAGCACGGCUCACACCAACGCCCAAUACCUGGCGUGAAUAUGUUAUGCUACACAUUGUAGGGUAUCUUUGUGGUAUCUGGGAUGCAUCGAAAGACACACUACAAACCUUUUACAAAGCACUGUUCGAGAUAAUUAUUAAUAACCGCGCAAGCAACGGAGACUUCAUCACAGCACCAUCGUUUACUAAGCUGCAUGAGAAGCUACUGGCUCUACUUCCAGGUAAGAUCCUUGACAUAGACAACCCAUAUAAUGAUAAAAACAUCGCCAUUAUAAAGGCAAACGUAGAAUUUCUGACCAAAGAAGAGUCUGCCUCGCGCACACCGCGCACUACAUCAACCGAAACCAGCCAUGCCACGGUGUGA